GUGCACUGUCGAGUGUGAUUGGUGAUGAAGACCUUGCCCUGGCAUUGGAUGGAACAUCCACGGCCACGUGGAUCAUGUGGAUUGUCGACGAUUGUCGACAGGUCACUUGCAAUGCAUUCUGCGUGCGGUUGUCUCCCCGUGACCGCUAAAUACGCGCCGCUCAUCCCAGUCGACUGCGAUGUCACACCACCAUCAAUCCAGUAGUACGGUGGAGGUGACAGAUUUCCUUCACUUCAGACGUGUCAACAGGAGGCAGAGCUGGCACGGGCCUGGCCAGAGACUCGGAGCAGGACAACGAACCUCACGCCGCACUCAACUGAAUCACAAUAAGCAUCAGCCUCUUAUUCAAAGUAGGUCGAGGAGCUGGAAGCAAGAGGAACGACGUCUCUUUAGGAGCGUUUGGGUAAGGAAGGGUCAGCUGAAGUGGUAGAGAAUUGCCGAACUGCGCAGUUGACUGAGCCACUUCAUUGUUGUUCUGCUGGCUGGCAUUCGUAUCGCUUUGUACCUACCUUUCUUUGUGACCACGCAGGAAAAAUAUUCACCAUCCGAACAAAAGUAUGGAGGCGAGUUUAUCGGUCCUGACCGGUAUUUCUCUAAUGGCUGCAGUUCUGCUGUCCAUGCCCGCUCAUGGCGAGGUGUUUUCCGCACUGACGCAUUUCAGCUCACUGGUGAAGGCCGAAGAGAGGCUGGCGUCCGAACUUCAAGCGUACAUCGCGGCCGAGCAGGAGCGCAUUGCCCAGCUGCACCGGUUCGCUGGCGAGGUCAAGCAGGCCGUGCACUCGUCCAGUCGCCUUGGUCCUGAGGAGCACAUCGGACACCCGACCAAUGCCUUCCUGAUGGUCAGACGCUUCACGCACGACUGGCAGAAGCUCAAGUUCAAGCUGCAAGCACCUCCGAAGGGUGGUAAUGGCUUGAUGUCAAUGUUAGACCAAAUGCAGAGCUCGUUUCCAACCACUGCUGACAUCACCGGCACAGCCACGGCACUGAUGCGUCUGCAGGAGACAUACAGACUCAAUGUCAGUGCUAUGGCAGAUGGCCAGGCCGGCUCGCUUGGACAGCGGUUGCAGCUGGCAGACAUCUUUUCACUGGGUGUCUUGGCGUACAAUGAUAAACAGUACUUCCAUGCAAAGAGAUGGCUGCAGGAGUGCUUGCGAAGGGUAUAUUCCGGUGCAGGAGAUCCACAUGUAACGGAGGCAGGCGUGAUCGACUUCCUCGCAUUCACCGAAUACAAUCUUGGAAACAUUCGCCGAGCAAUCAGAUGGACAAAGAAGCUCGCCCAACUAAAUCCAGGGAAUGCAAGGGCCACUUCCAACCUGAAGUAUUACCUGACGGUGUUUCGUGAGCAAGUCAAGAAUGGCUCGGCCUUCAUCGAGAAGAAGAAGGGUGGUGCAGAGAAGCCAUGGGUUGAUCAUGUAUGGUUACAGGAGAGAGACCGCUACAAGCAACUAUGUAGAGAACCUAUUGAAACACCUGACUUCGUAGCCGAGAGCCAGGUGUGCUUCUACAGCAACCGCAACCGCACGCCACGUCUCAUACUUCGACCAGCCAAAGUGGAGGUGGCAUGGGUGAAGCCGACAGUGCUUCUGUAUCGCGAUAUUGUCUCAGAAUCUGAGAUCAAUCGGCUGAAGGAGCUUGCCACACCAAGGCUCAAACGUGCCACUGUUCACAGUCCAGUGACAGGAAAGUUGGAGUUUGCUGAUUACAGAGUCAGCAAGAGUGGCUGGCUAGCGGAGUGGCAUGACAACUCUGGUGUUGUGGAUCGCAUCAACACAAGGAUAACAGACUACACAGGCUUGUCAAUGACCACGGCUGAACUUCUGCAGGUUGUUAACUACGGGAUUGGUGGACAGUAUGAGCCGCAUUAUGACCAUGCACGGAAAACUGAGAAGGCGUUUGAGCAGCACGUGGAAGGCAAUCGCAUUGCCACAAUGCUCUUCUAUCUGAGCAACGUCACGUCGGGUGGCUGCACGGUGUUCACCAAGGCGGGUGCCAGGAUUGCUCCAUCAAAGGGCGACGCUACGUUUUGGUACAACCUACUGCCUUCCGGGGAAGGCGAUGAGCAAACAAGGCAUGCUGGUUGUCCAGUCCUCUCUGGAUCCAAGUGGGUAUGUAACAAAUGGAUUCAUGAACGUGAUCAGGAGUUCCUCAAGCCAUGCAAACUGAACGAAUUUGACGAAUGGGACAUUCACAAAGCACCAGAAUUUCUAUGAGAUGGACUGAAAGAUUAAAUUGACUACACGUGUCAAGCGCUUGGGAUCAAUUAUUGUGAAUUUUUCUGACUUGAAGUUUGCAACCAAUAUUUCAUGCUGAUGUUACUUCAGAGCAUUAUUACCAGGUAUUUCUAAUCACAAAUUUAACUUUAGAGGACUUUCAAUUGUAAAGUACUGAAGUAGUAAUUUUCAAAUUUUCAAAUGCUUUCAUUUCAUGCUUUUGCCAAGCAUUUCCUUUCCUCCAUGCAUGCCUCUCUUGAUUGACAGCUUAUGGCAUAGUUGCUUGUUACAUACACCAUUCAACUUCCUCAUACUGUUCCAAACCAUGGUGGAAAGAAAUUCAGGGAAUUCAGGGAAUUACAUACUCACUUCACCUUGCCCCUGAUCAUGCACAGAUGACAGAGCACUGAAAAUUGCUCAGUGGCACAACAAUGAAUCCGUUAUUCUGGACAGCUUGACUUUCCUAAAAAAAUUUAAAAAAUCCUAUACUAUA